AUGAAUCCAAUAAAUCCAAACACUUUAUUUGGUGGUAGAUGGUAUGAAAUAGUUGACAGUUUUCCAUUCUACACUAAUACUCAGUCAAUGAAGAUGGGAGGUUCAAAGAAAAUAGGUAUUGAAAACCUUCCUUCACAUAUGCAUAGGUUCAGUGGAAGAACAUCUGUGGAAGGAAACCAUUCACAUUCAAUAACAAAAAGAGGUUAUACAAAUCUUGCAGCGGAUUCGGAUAGACAGGGAAUGCAUAGAUAUGAUAUCACAACUGACCCCAAAGAUGUUAGCACAGGUAUUUUCUGUGGAACUGCAGGAAAUCAUACACAUGUUGUAGCUGGUAUUACAGACCCAGCAGGUAAUGGAAAAGAUUAUAUGCCUCCUUAUAUAACAAUGCACGCUUGGAUACGAGUUGGUUAA